AUGGAUUUCAGUCGUUUACCGGAAGAGAGAAAAGCCUAUAUAGUCAAACGAUAUUUUCUGAUCGGAUGUGCUUGUGCACCAUUAGUUUGGGCAUUUAAUGUUUUCUUCUUCUUUGACUAUGCAUUUCGAUCGGGAACUUCUUCACAACAUCAAAAAGUGGUUCGAAAAUGUGGGUUUAUUCUUUUUCUCUCAUUGCUAUUGUCUAACGGUUUAUGUGCAGUGCUUCUUAGUCUUUCGUCGUUUUCCAACCCUAUAUUUUGGAUAGACUGUGCCACAUUUUGUUGGAGACUGAGAAUAAAAAAUGUGUCAAAAUUGGUGAAAAAAGAAACUCCUAAAUGUCGUACACAGUAA